CCGGACGGGUGCCGGUGCGGGCUCUGCGGGCCGGGAGCCGAAUCCGAGGCAGAACCCCGGCGACCGAGAGCGGCGAGAAGGCAGUGUGCGGAGAUGGCGGCCGCGGCGGCCACGGCGGCGGGGGAAGGGAUGGAGCCUCGGGCGCUGCAGUACGAGCAGACCCUGAUGUAUGGCCGGUAUACUCAAGAACUCGGGGCCUUUGCCAAAGAAGAAGCUGCUCGAAUUCGCCUGGGAGGACCUGAGCCCUGGAAAGGGCCCACUUCUACUCGGACUCCCCCAGAGCUCCUGGAAUAUGGACAGAGCCGAUGUGCUCCGUGCCGCAUCUGUUCCGUACGCUGCCACAAGUUCUUAGUGUCCAGGGUUGGUGAAGACUGGAUCUUCCUGGUCCUGCUGGGACUCCUUAUGGCUUUGGUCAGCUGGGCCAUGGACUAUGCCAUUGCUGUCUGUCUACAGGCUCAGCAGUGGAUGUCCCGGGGCUUGAACACCAGCAUCUUACUCCAAUACCUGGCCUGGGUCACCUACCCAGUUGUGCUUAUCACUUUCUCAGCCGGAUUCACACAGAUCCUGGCCCCUCAGGCUGUUGGAUCGGGCAUCCCUGAGAUGAAGACCAUCCUUCGGGGAGUGGUGCUAAAAGAAUACCUCACCCUCAAGACCUUUGUUGCUAAGGUCAUUGGGCUGACCUGUGCCCUGGGCAGUGGGAUGCCCCUGGGCAAAGAGGGCCCUUUUGUGCAUAUUGCAAGCAUGUGUGCUGCUCUGCUCAGCAAGUUCCUCUCCCUCUUUGGGGGUAUCUAUGAGAAUGAAUCUCGGAACACAGAGAUGCUGGCGGCUGCCUGUGCUGUGGGAGUGGGCUGCUGCUUUGCCGCACCUAUCGGAGGCGUGCUAUUCAGCAUAGAGGUCACCUCUACCUUUUUCGCUGUGCGCAACUACUGGCGGGGCUUCUUUGCAGCCACCUUCAGUGCCUUCAUCUUCCGGGUCUUAGCAGUCUGGAACAGGGAUGAAGAGACCAUUACUGCUCUCUUCAAAACUCGGUUCAGGCUGGACUUCCCCUUCGACCUGCAGGAACUGCCAGCGUUUGCUGUCAUUGGUAUUGCUAGUGGCUUUGGAGGAGCCCUCUUUGUCUACCUGAACCGGAAGAUUGUCCAGGUGAUGCGGAAGCAGAAGACCAUCAACCGCUUCCUCAUGAGGAAGCGCCUGCUCUUCCCAGCACUGGUGACCCUGCUCAUCUCCACUCUGACCUUUCCCCCUGGCUUUGGACAGUUCAUGGCUGGACAGCUGUCACAGAAAGAGACACUGGUCACCCUGUUUGACAACCGGACAUGGGUCCGCCAGGGCCUGGUGGAGGAUCUAGAACUUCCCAGCACCUCACAGGCCUGGAGCCCACCGCGCGCCAAUGUCUUCCUCACUCUGGUCAUCUUUAUUCUCAUGAAGUUCUGGAUGUCUGCACUGGCUACCACCAUCCCAGUGCCCUGUGGGGCCUUCAUGCCUGUCUUUGUCAUUGGAGCAGCAUUUGGACGCCUGGUGGGUGAAAGCAUGGCUGCCUGGUUCCCAGAUGGCAUUCACACAGACAGUAGCACCUACCGAAUUGUGCCUGGAGGCUAUGCAGUGGUUGGGGCUGCUGCGCUGGCAGGAGCAGUGACACACACAGUGUCCACGGCCGUGAUCGUGUUCGAGCUCACAGGCCAGAUCGCCCACAUUCUACCUGUCAUGAUUGCUGUCAUCCUGGCCAAUGCCGUUGCCCAGAGCCUGCAGCCCUCCCUCUACGACAGCAUCAUCAGGAUCAAAAAGCUGCCCUACCUGCCUGAGCUGGGCUGGGGCCGCCACCAGCAGUACCGGGUGCGAGUGGAGGACAUCAUGGUUCGGGACGUUCCCCAUGUGGCCCUCAGCUGCACCUUCCGGGACCUGCGGGUAGCACUGCACAGGACCAAGGGCCGUAUGUUGGCCUUAGUGGAGUCCCCUGAGUCCAUGAUCCUGCUUGGUUCCAUCGAGCGCUCACAGGUAGUGGCAUUACUGGGGGCCCAGCUGAGCCCAGCUCGGCGGCGGCAGUACAUGCAGGAACGGCGGAAGGUCCAGACAUCCCCGCCCUCUGACCAGGAGAGUCCUCCCAGCCCUGAGUCCUCUGUCCGCUUUCAGGUGAACACAGAGGACUCCCGUGGGGAGAUACACAAACCCCUGAAGCCUGCUCUCAAGAGGGGGCCCAGCAACACCUCAAACCACAAGGAAAGUCCCACAGGCAAUGGGGAGUCUACAGGCAUUGCCCUCAGAAGCCUCUUCUGUGGCAGUCCACCUCCGGAGGCCGCUUCCGAGCUGGAGAAAUCUGAAUCCUGUGACAAGCGCAAGCUGAAGCGGGUCCGAAUCUCCCUGGCGAGUGACUCUGGCCUGGAAGGAGAGAUGAGCCCUGAGGAGAUUCUGGAGUGGGAAGAACAGCAGCUAGAUGAACCUGUCAAUUUCAGUGACUGCAAGAUUGAUCCCGCCCCCUUCCAGCUGGUAGAACGGACCUCUUUGCACAAGACUCACACCAUCUUCUCACUGCUGGGUGUGGACCACGCUUAUGUCACCAGCAUUGGCAGACUCAUUGGAAUCGUCACCCUAAAGGAGCUCCGGAAGGCUAUUGAGGGCUCUGUCACGGCCCAGGGUGUGAAAGUCCGGCCACCUCUUGCCAGCUUCCGAGACAGUGCCACCAGCAGCAGUGACACAGAGACCACUGAGGUGCAUGCACUCUGGGGACCCCGCUCUCGCCACGGCCUUCCCCGAGAAGGCAGCCCUUCGGACAGCGAUGACAAGUGCCAGUGAGCCCCUUGAUGAAUAGCCUAGCAAAACAGUGGCCGUAUUCCUUCUGCCUUGUAGGAGGCAGCGGCAGCCAGAGCCUGGAAGCCCAGGUGCCAACUGCUCCCCUGCCAUCCUACCUACAAUCUUGACUCAGCACCCACUGCAGCAGGAAGCUCAGUACUGUCCCGGAAGGGUGGGUUGGUGUCAUGUGACCCUUGUUUCCCUUUUGCUGGGGAAAGGGGCAGAACUAAGAUGGGUUUAUACUGGAACCUACAAUGACCAGAUGUAUAUAGAGAUUUACAAAGAUUUUUAUAUUAAUUUAAUAAAACAAAUUCUUAAAUAGAACAAAAUAAACACCUAAUG